GCAAUUUUGUCGUUAAAUCGGGCACCGAUCGGAUCAUUUGUCCACGUAAUCGUUCACAAAGUCGAUUAACUGUAAAAUUUUUAGAAGCACUGACGUCAACAACGUAGUCUGUCAAAAUGGCGGAGAAGAAGAAAGGAAAGAAACGUAAAGAGGAGUAUGUGGCUCCUGGAGAAGAAGUCGCUGAUAAACCGGCAAAAGAAGAAUUUGUCAUCGCUAAAUGGAUGCGAAAAAAUGUUCAAAUUAAGAAAACAAAGUUUUUAAAUCACAAUGUCGAGUAUUUCACAGCUAAAAGAGCCGUUGACGCUCUUUUGGAGUCCAAAUGGGCCCAAGGUGAUGAGCCCCUGUUUAAGACACGUGAAGACAUCGUCGAUUAUCUCCACUUGAUGCUUGAACACAAGUUCUAUCACAGGGCGAGAAAAGUACCAGUUUCUGAACAAGAACUGAAAGGUAAAAAGAAGGAGAAAAAGAAUGAAUCGGAGGAAAAGGAAAAAUCUAAAGAAAAGGAAAAAGUAACAGACGCUGAGAGCAGUGUUGUGGAAGGAAAGGAACAACAGCCUGAAAAGGAGAAGAGAAAGAAAAAAGUCAGAUUGGAAAUGCACAACGAUCAAAGAUUCGUCGACGGAAUGGACGCAUAUGUGUGGAUCUAUGACCCCAUCCCUUUUCAUUACUGGAUUUUCGGUACUUUACUAGUUUUGGGGGCUAUAGGUGUUUGUCUUUUCCCAUUGUGGCCCCCUUCAGUGAGGUUGGGUGUUUAUUAUUUGAGUGUCGCUGCUGCUGGUUUUUUGGUAACAAUUAUCGUUUUGGCUGUGAUUCGCCUUAUAAUUUUCUGUCUGAUUUGGACGUUUACAAUGGGGAAGCACCACCUUUGGAUUCUUCCGAAUUUAACUGAAGAUGUGGGGUUUUUCGCUUCGUUUUGGCCACUUUAUACAUACGAGUAUAAAGGAGGUGAGACGAAGAAAGAUAAGAAAAAGAAGAAGAAAGAUAAAGAUUCGGACGGAGAACAAGAGGAAGAGAAGAGUAAAGAAGUGAAGAAAGAUGAGGAAAAAAUUAGUGAGAUUGGUAACGAGGGUGGGAGUCAGGUGGAGACGUUAGGAGCCUCCGAGACAGAGAGCGAGUCGAGUCAGAGGUCAAGUACGGGAAAAGAUUUCGAAAUAGUUGAUCAAGACGAGUUGGAGUCUUAAUUAGUUGGGUUAGUCGUACAUUUCCGGUCUGGUGUAGAUAUUUUUUUUUAAAUGAUCAAAAGAGAAUUUUCGCAUUUAUUAUGAUUUCGGGAAAUUGUGUUUUUUGGUGCUAUUAGAGAAAUUGCCCAUAAUUUAUUAUUUUUCUCGAGUUUACUAAUCUUCAUUACUUGCAUUUAGACAAUUUAAUCUCCUACCAAGUGUUUUCAUAUAAUUAUAUUGAUAUACAGAAAUAAAGAAUAUUGUAUAUAAUUACA